AUGAGGGGCGGGCCUGUUGGACCGCGGCAGAGAAGGAAUCACAAAAAGUCGCGCAACGGAUGCGAGAAUUGCAAAAAGUUACACUAUAAGUGUGAUGAAGGAAAACCUUCCUGUGGUGGAUGUACGAAAAGAAAGGUCGAAUGCAGCUUCACUACAUCCCAGAGCCCUGCUUCGGACGUAUCUGCCAACACCAGGGUCUUCAAUGCCAUAUCACACAAUAUCACCAGCCACAAUGGCGACACGGUGACGCCCUUGCCCAUGGCAGAUCUUGAGCUACUUAAUCAGGCCAUAACAAGCACUCAAUAUUCUAUCACGCCCGACUCGAAACCUGAUAAGGAACUGAGCGGAUUGCCUUUCCGAUUUCCUUACUUGAUGCAUUCAACCUUGGCUUUGGCUGCGCUGCACCUCUACUCUGAACAGCCUCAUCGACCAGAACUGUUAUCCAGGGCAGCGGCUCACCAACACGCUGCGCUUUCUCAGGUACGGCCUCAUAUUAUAGACGUUACGGCUGAACACAGUCAAGCAAUACUCAAUUUUGCCGCCAUCACUUCUAUAUUUGCACUUGCCGAACCCGCGUAUGACCCCAGAGGUCUUGGAUCUGCCCGUGAUCCGGUCGAUGAACUGCUCAAUUCCUUCCAUCUUGGUAGAGGUAUCAAAACCAUCCUCACGCAAGCAUGGAGCCUACUACAGCACAAAGAAAACAUCAAGAAGGUUAUCGGGCUUCCAGACUACACCGCACUCAAAGCAACGCUAGACGACACUUACCCUGUGUAUCCGACUUUGCGGAGUGUCAUCAAAGAGAGUUGUCAGGAUGACGAAGCAGUUUCUUGCCUGGAAGCUCUUGAACUCGUGUUCUUCUACAUGGCCGUCAAUGAGACGCAUCAACAGGAUAUUCCAGGCCCAAUGUAUGUCCAGAUGUGGCCUAUAGACGUCAGCACACACUUCCUCAGUAUGCUUGCGGACCGAAAUCCUAUAGCUCUUCUUGUGUUGGCAUAUUAUGCUGCGCUCAUGAGGCUGAGAUCGAACACUUGGUGGCUAGAACGAUGGCCCUCAGCUAUUCUCCAGCACGUUACUUCAACCUUGGACCCAACUCUAGUCAUCCACCUUGACUGGCCUAGGCAAAAGAUUCUUCAGCUCGACCAGGCAUUCCCAUUCCCUGUGGAACUGGAUGUCACCUGA